GAAAUUUGGCUUCUUCCGCGUUUGUUUACCUGCACGUCGGGAGUUUCACCCUCAUGGGCGUUUGUUUCUGAAUUGAACAGGUCACAAAAUAACAACGUUUUAUAUUUGUGUCCUUGUCUGAAUUAUAGGUAGAAAGAGAAGCGAAAGCGAGAGGGAAAUGCACUGAGAAAGUUUAACCGCAAAAAAGGCAGUUUUAAAAGUUUUGUUUUCGUUAAAGUUAGCUGAAGUGGUUCACAAUGGGAUGUUGUAACAGCACCGAGGGCAAACGUGAUUGGAAACCACUGGAGCAGCGCAGCUGCACGGACAUCCCAUGGCUCAUCAUAUUCACAUUGUUUUGUAUUGGGAUGGUGUGUAUAUGUGCCUUUCCCAUCGCCACAGGAGCUGCCUCCAGGCUUAUCUCAGGAUAUGACAGUUAUGGCAACACCUGUGGCAAGAAUAACCCCAAGAUCGAGGGAGUACCCCUCAGUGGCCAGGACAUGACAGAAAAAAAGUAUGUUUUCUUUCUAGACCCUUGCAACCUUGAUUUAAUCAACAGGAAGAUCAAGUCGAUUGCUCUGUGUGUCUCCAAAUGUCCUGCUGCUGAACUGAAAGAUUACAGCGAUUUAAAGCAGUUUGCUCUGAAUAAUGGAUCUCAACUCUGCUCCUAUGAUAUUUCUCCUACAAGAUACACAAGCUCUUCAGACAGAUUCACUAAAUGUCCCAAACUCCCUGUUCCACCAAGUAAACCUGUCCCACUGUUACACCGCUGUAUUCCUGUGGAUAUCGGAUGCUAUGCAGAAUUCGCCCAGGCAUUCAUCACAUUUGUCAGUGACAACACUGUGCUGCGCCGGGUCAUUGCUGGGGUGAUGGCCAGCAAGGAGAUCAUCAUGGGCCUUUGUUUGCUGGCUUUAGUCCUGUCCCUGAUCAUGAUGGUUGUCAUUCGUUACAUCUCCAAAGUGCUGGUGUGGAUUCUAACGAUUCUGGUAAUCAUUGGCUCUAUAGGUGGGACAGGCGUCCUCUGGUGGCUCUAUGCGGACCACAGGAGAGCCCUUGAUAAUAACACCUUAUCAGUAUUUGGAAAAGAAGUUGCCUCAGACAAUGUAAAGGCCCUGCUUGUGUAUGCAAUUGGUGCAACAAUUUUCACGGUAGUUCUCCUGCUGGUGAUGUUCUUCAUGAGGAAGCGUGUGGCUCUCACCAUCUCCCUGUUCCACGUGGCUGGUAAAGUGUUUAUCCACCUUCCCCUGCUGGCUCUGCAGCCUUUCUGGACCUUCCUUUGCCUCAUGCUCUUCUGGGUCUACUGGAUCGCUGUGCUUCUCUCUCUCGGGACUUCAGGCACACCAGUAAAGAACAACUCUACAGGCGUGGUUGAAUAUCAAAUGCAAGGGCCUCUGCAGUACUUGGUGUGGUAUCACGCUGUGGGUCUCAUCUGGAUCAGUGAGUUCAUACUUGCCUUCCAGCAAAUGACCAUCGCCGGAGCUGUGGUCACUUACUACUUCACAAGGAAUAAGUCCCAGUUGCCAGCAACUCCCAUCCUCUCCUCCAUGGUACGUACCAUCCGCUACCAUCUGGGUACUCUGGCCAAAGGCUCCUUCAUCAUCACGCUUGUUAAGAUCCCUCGUCUCAUCCUAAUGUACAUCCACAGCCAGCUCAAAGGAAAGGAAAACGCCUGUGCUCGCUGCAUGCUGAAAGCUUGCGUCUGCUGUCUGUGGUGUCUUGAGAAGUGCCUUUCAUACUUAAAUCAAAAUGCUUACACUGCGACAGCCAUCAACAGCACCAGUUUCUGCACCUCUGCCCGGGACGCGUUCCUUAUCUUGGUGGAGAAUGCUCUCCGAGUGGCCGCCAUCAACACUGUGGGCGACUUUGUCCUCUUCUUGGGAAAGGUGCUUGUUGUCUCCUGUACAGCUUUCGCCGGCGUCCUGGCUCUGAACUACCAGAGGGAAUACACCGUGUGGGUCCUGCCUCUUCUCAUCGUCUGUCUGUUUGCCUUCCUGGUGGCUCACUGCUUCCUUUCUGUCUUUGAGAAUGUGGUGGACGUUCUCUUCCUCUGCUUUGCUGUGGACACAAAGUACAAUGAUGGCAGCUCUGGGCGCGAGUACUACAUGGACAAGGCCUUAAUGGAAUAUGUUGAGAACACUAAGAAAGGUUUGUACAAGCCUGGUGAUGGAGAUGGACGGGAGAUGAAGUCCAUGUCACGUGGAGGGACUUCUGCUUGACCAAGCGCCAGAAAGACAACCAAAACCACUAAAAAUACACCAAAGCCUAACUCGUAGUUUACUAGCGUUUCACUCCAGGGACAUCAGUAAGAUGACUAACUCUGUAUACAGAAGCUACACAGCAUUUCAGCAAAAGAUGCAAUGGGUUUUAAUUUUUAAUUUUUGAGUAGGUAGGGAGUGCGUAUUUAAAGUUUGACACUAAUAGCUAUAGUAUGUCAAAAGAUUAUUUGGGAGUGUUUUGUUAAUAAUUUUUUUUCUUACUGUAUAACUGAGUUUUCUUUUUUAUUCCAUUUUAAAUAACAUGAGCGAUUUAACAUGGUUUAACAUGUGUGGUUUUACUUGUAUAAUUAUUGUUAGCUGUAGUUUGGUUCGGUGUACAUUUUUGAAUGGAUAGCUAACUGUGUUUUGUCAAAGGCUGUUCACGUUUUAUUACUUCUAAAAUUUUAUACUUAAAGAAAUUAAAACACAAAGUUGUAUUGUU